AUGGCACACCCCGCAGCAAACUUAAAAGGAAUGGAUCUUGUGAAAUGGUUGAAUACAAAAUUAGGAGAUCCACAGUCGCAUUGGUGCAGUAGACAAGCCGCUGGUGUUUUAUCUAAAGAUGUUAUAGUAGAGUUAUCUUCUUGUUUCAAUGCUCUUGACAUGCAUGCCAAGCUGAAGUUGGUUCAGUCGAUUCUUUAUUUGUCUCCGAAGCUGCUGGAAAUGGUAAGACCUCACGAGUUUGUUAGUUUCUUUGACUUUUAGUGGAGAGAGCCGUUGGAAAACAUAUUGCACAUUGCUCAACAAGAUACUAGUGAAUGGGUACGGGUAAUGGCAGAGUUAUAUUCGUGUUAUCCAGCAAGAAAAUAUCUCAAGCAUUCAUCUGGAAGCCCUAGAGAUAACUUUACACAGACAGUGCAAGAACUGGCUUCUUCUUGUAAGUUAUUUUGCGUAGUCCUGAAUUGUUUAUUUUUUGAUAGUUUUACUGAUUUUAAUUAAUUGUUUAGGACGAAAUUCAUAUUUAAAUAUUUGUUUACAGUUUUGAAAUUCUUUAAUUUUAGUAUCUACUGCAGUAUCUUCUCUAAACAAUAAGAUAGUGCCAGAAAACUUUGUGAUAGCAACUCCGCAGACAACAAAAAUGAUGUAUGGGUAUACUGGAGACGAACCUAAACAACAUUUUAAGUUAAGGAAGGCACCGAGGUCUAAGUUAUUGAUGGAGGAAGCUUUGAAAAGUAAGGAUUUGUAUUCUUUUUAAGUAUGUUUGUAUAUUUUCAGCCGCUGAUGCUUUACGUGAUCCAAGUACGCACAAGAAAGCUCCAGUUACCAGUUAUGUUUCGAGUCUGCCAAUCAGAAUGCGGAAUAAUCAGAGGAAAAUGGACGUUAGUUGUAAGUUUACUAUUUUUUAAAGUCAAGACUGUUGUAGUACCGAUGAGAGGCAUCAAGUCAGUGAACCCAGCAAAGUUAUCAGCGGGAUUCAGCAACGAACCCAAGAAGUUUCAACGGACAGUGGCAAAACGAGAAGGUGGAGCUAUGUUAUUGGACAUCUCUGAUCUUCCACAAGCUCACGUCAAGAAACGAAGAGCCGAUCCAAAGCCGGUACCAGCUACAGAAGAACCGAAGGAACCUAAAAAGAGAGGAAGAAAGACAAAGGCCGAGAAAGAAGCCGAACUCAAAGCGGCCGAAGACGCCAAGACGGUUACUGAACCUACAGAAGUGUCUGAAGUGAAGGCUUCAGAAGCAUUGCCUGAACAAAUAACGACGCCUACAUUCCAAGGAUUCGGUAACAAUAUGUUUGACACCGGAUAUCAAACAUCGUUCUCACCGUUCUUUCAACCAAACAACAACAUGUUCCAACCGUUCAGUAACCAAUAUCAGCCACAGAUACCCACAAAUCAAGCACCUCAGAUUACCAUACCUCAACAAUCUCUAAAUUUCCCAAAUUUCACAUCAAAUCCGUCGCCGAGUUUUCCUGAGGGAUUCUUUGGCAACGACAUACAAUAA